AUGGAGACUGCGAUGCUGAAUCUGCGGAAUCUGUUUGAGCAGAUUGUACGCCAGGCUGAGAUUCUCAAUGAAGGAAAUGAACUCCAAUUUAUCCAGUUGGCAAAGAAUUUUGAAGAGUUUCGCAAGAAAUGGCAAAGGACAGAACACGAACUGGGAAACUACAAGGAUCUUUUGAUGAAAGCAGAGACAGAACGUAGUGCUCUAGAUGUAAAACUGAAACAUGCACGAAAUCAGGUAGAUGUAGAGAUCAAACGGAGACAACGAGCGGAAGCUGACUGCGAAAAGUUGGAACGACAGAUUCAGCUGAUUCGGGAGCUGCUCAUGUGUGAUGCAUCUGGCAGCAUUCAACUAAGCGAGGAACAAAAAUCAGCCCUGGCUUUCCUCAACAGGGGCCAGCAGACUAACGGCAAUGCUGGGAACAAAAGACUGUCAACCAUUGAUGAAUCGGGCUCCAUUUUAUCAGAUAUCAGCUUUGACAAGACUGAUGAAUCCCUGGAUUGGGAUUCUUCUCUGGUGAAGACAUUUAGGCUGAAGAAGAGAGAAAAGAGGCGUUCCAACAGCCGACAGUUUAUAGAAGGUCCACCAGGACCAAUAAAGAAAACUCGUUCCAUUGGUUCUACAAUAGACCAGGGGAAUGAAUCCAUAGUUGCAAAAACCACAGUCACUGUUCCCAAUGAUGGUGGCCCUAUUGAAGCAAUAUCCACUAUUGAAACUGUGCCCUAUUGGACAAGGAGUCGGAGGAAAACAGGCACUUUACAGCCUUGGAACAGCGACUCUACACUGGCUAGUAGGCAGCUGGAGUCCAGACCAGAGACCGACAGUUCAAGUACUCCACAAAAUAAUGGAGGCAUGCGCUUACAUGAAUUUGUUUCUAAGACGGUUAUUAAGCCAGAGUCAUGUGUUCCUUGUGGAAAAAGGAUAAAGUUUGGAAAAUUGUCCCUAAAGUGUCGAGACUGUCGAGUGGUGGCUCAUCCAGAAUGCCGGGAACGUUGCCCUCUUCCUUGCAUUCCAACACUGACAGGCACACCUGUCAGAAUUGGAGAGGGAAUUCUGGCAGACUUUGUGUCCCUGACUUCACCAAUGAUCCCCUCCAUUAUUGUCCAUUGUGUAAAUGAGAUUGAACAACGAGGGUUAAAUGAGGCAGGUCUCUAUAGGAUCUCAGGUUGUGACCGGACAGUAAAAGAAUUGAAGGAGAAGUUCCUUCGAGCAAAAACUGUGCCCCUUCUUAGCAAAGUAGAUGACAUCCAUGCUAUAUGUGGCCUCCUUAAAGAUUUUCUUCGUAACCUCAAAGAACCUCUUUUGACCUUUCGGUUAAAUAAGACCUUUAUGGAAGCAGCAGAAAUCGCAGAUGAGGACAACAGCAUAGCUGCCAUGUACCGAGCUAUUGGUGAACUCCCCCAGGCCAACAGGGACACUUUAGCUUUCCUCAUGAUACACUUGCAGAGAGUUGCUCAGAGCUCCAGCACAAAAAUGGAUGUUUCCAAUCUGGCUAAAGUCUUUGGUCCUACCAUAGUUGCACAUGCAGUGCCCAAUCCUGACCCUAUGACAAUGCUACAGGAUACCAAACGUCAGCCCAAGGUGGUAGAACGCCUGCUUUCUCUGCCUCUGGAAUACUGGAGCCGGUUCAUGAUGGUAGAACAGGAGAAUAUUGACCCAAUACAUGGCAUUGAAAACUCCCAUGCCUUUUCUACACCACAGACACCUGAUGUUAAAGUGAGCGUAUUAGGACCUCUGACUACUCCUGAGCAGCAAAUCAUCAAGACGCCUUCAUCCAGUUCACUAUCCCAGAGAGUUCGUUCCACUAUCAGUAAGAAUACUCCUAGGUUUGGAAGCAAAAGCAAGUCAGCCACCACUCUGGGACGUCAAGGCAACUUCUUUGCCUCUCCAAUGCUUAAGUGAAGCCACUCUAUCCUUAUUUCUUCCCUGGCAUUUUUAGGCUGCCAGAAAACCCACACCUGGAAUUCAUGUUUUGUGGCCUCCUAUAUUCACUACUA